AUGCUCAAGUCUCGGCUCCGCAUGUUCCUGAACGAGCUGAAGCUGCUGGUGCUGACGGGCGGGGGGCGGCCCCGGGCCGAGCCGCAGCCCCGGGGGGGCGGGGGAGGCGGCUGCGGCUGGGCGCCCUUCGCUGGCUGCUCCGCCCGGGACGGCGACGGCGACGAGGAGGAGUACUACGGGUCGGAGCCGCGGGCCCGGGGCCUGGCCGGCGACAAGGAACCGCGGGCCGGACCCCCGCCGCCGCCCGCGCCGCCGCCGCCGCCCCCAGGCGCGCUGGACGCCCUGUCGCUCAGCAGCAGCCUGGACAGUGGGCUCCGAACCCCCCAGUGCAGGAUCUGCUUCCAAGGCCCGGAGCAGGGGGAGCUCCUGAGUCCUUGCCGCUGUGACGGCUCAGUGCGUUGUACACACCAGCCCUGCCUCAUCCGCUGGAUCAGUGAGAGGGGCUCUUGGAGCUGUGAACUCUGCUACUUCAAGUACCAGGUCCUGGCGAUCAGCACCAAGAACCCAUUGCAGUGGCAGGCCAUCUCCCUGACUGUCAUCGAGAAGGUCCAGAUUGCGGCCAUAGUUCUGGGCUCACUGUUCCUCGUCGCCAGCAUCUCCUGGCUCAUCUGGUCCUCGCUCAGCCCUUCAGCCAAGUGGCAGCGCCAGGAUCUUCUCUUCCAGAUCUGCUACGGCAUGUAUGGCUUCAUGGAUGUCGUCUGCAUAGGCCUCAUCGUUCACGAAGGCUCUUCCGUCUACCGCAUCUUCAAGCGCUGGCAAGCAGUGAACCAACAGUGGAAGGUCCUGAAUUAUGACAAGACCAAGGACAUAGGAGGAGAUGCAGGGGGAGGGACAGCAGGGAAACCAGGCCCCAGGACCUCAAGGACCAGCCCCCCGGCUGGGGCCCCCAGCCGGCCCCCAGCUGCCCAGCGCAUGCGGACGCUCUUGCCUCAGCGCUGUGGUUAUACAAUCCUGCAUCUCCUUGGACAGCUGCGGCCACCGGAUGCCCGUUCCAGCUCUCAUUCUGGUCGAGAGGUUGUCAUGAGGGUCACUACAGUUUGACCUGGACUCCAGGAGCAGGGAUUUCAACUCAGAGCGGCAGCCAGAGAUGAGCCCUCCUGGCUGCUGAAGGUACAGCCUAAACAAGGUGUUUGGGGCACAGCGGGCCCACCACUGAGGAUCUCUGCGGACAGCCUCAAGCUUGGAAACAUUGUCUGGCCUCUACUGCCCACAGAGUAGAGACACCUGGAUGACAUUCCAGCUCCCACCGACACCACCUCGUGCUCAUUUUGAGGAUGGCCGGCCAGCAGGCAGGCGGGCGAGCAGCUUUUCUUCUUGGAGAGAACCAUCUUUACCUCAGCUCUAGGGCCUCCAGUCCCCUGGCUCCACCAUGGUGACUUGGUAAAGGGAGACCAAUGCCAGAACACAAGGGGCUGUAGACCCCCAUUCCCCACCCCAUGGCCACAGGGCAUCUGGCAAUAAGACUAGUAAACAUUGACCUCCCGUUCCCUGCAUGAGGGCGGGGGACUUCCCCCUGCCCCACCCCCCAUUGCAUGGGGGAAGGGCAUAAAGAAUCAUUUAUACGCA